AUGGGUUGUGUGUGUUGUUCUCUAAGCUCGUUCAUCUCGGUCGUGUUAGAUGCUCUCGAAAGAAUAUCACUAUGCACUGUAUGCGCUAUGCUGACGUGUUGCCUGUUGUUCACUAUACUGACCGUGUUGGUAUUGGGGAUCGGUAUCGGCUACCAUUACUGUUUUGUACAAACCUCAGUGCAAAGCAUGUCGAACGCUGCGAAGGCGGCAUCGGGGUCAGGGAUCACUGACACUCGUCGCCAUGGCAACAUGAUGCGCUCUGUAAACAAAGCUGUGCAGCGAGGGUUCGCGCACCGUCACUCGCGGCGCGACGCUGAUUCUCCUCUAGGGGAGAAUAAUCUUACAGUCAGCAACAACUACACAGGCUCUGAGAACCUCACAGUCCGCAACCCACCUUCAAUCCAGCUCUCAUCAAAUAAUGCGACAAAUUAUACCGACUCUUUUAUCAACUUUGUACCCUACUAA